AUGCAAAAGCAAAACGAAAAGGUUAUCGAAAAACAAAAGAAAGCCGAAGAAAAGAAGAAGAAUGCUACACCAGCAGCAUCAGAUUCUACUCCGCAAGCUAACGUUAAGAAGACUUAUCCAAGCGAACAAACAAAACCAGAACCAACAGUGCCAAUUAAAUACUUGUUCAAAGACAACAAAUAUCCACAAGGUGAAAUUAUGGAAUAUGCUCAAGAUUUUAACAAAUUUAGAACAUCAUCAAAGGAACAUCAACAAAAGGACGAAAUGUUUGACCACGUCGUUCAAGAAGCUAGACAAGCUGCUGAAGUACACAGAACUGCUAGACAAUGGUUCCAAGGAUAUGUUAAACCAGGUAUGAGAGUUAUUGAUGCUGCUGAAGCAUUGGAAAAUAAGGCCAGAGAAUUAAUUGAAGCUAACGGUAUUAAUGCUGGUAUUGCUUUCCCAUUGGGUUGUUCAAUGAAUAAUUGUGCUGCUCACUAUACUCCAAAUGGUGGAGAUGAAACAAUUAUUACUGCUAAUGAUAUUAUCAAAUUCGAUCUCGGAUUACAUAUUAAUGGACGUAUUAUUGAUUGUGCUUGGACUAUGUAUUGGGAUGAUAAAUUCAAGCCAUUGGCUAUGGCUGCAAAGGAAGCUACAAACAUGGGUAUUAAAACUGCUGGUAUUGAUGUCAGAAUGAGUGAUAUUGGUGCUUCUAUUCAAGAAGUUAUGGAAUCCUAUGAAGUGGAAUUAAACGGAAAGACUUACCCAGUUAAAUGUGUUGCCAACUUGAAUGGUCACUCAAUUGAAAGAUAUAAGAUCCAUGCUGGUAAGACUGUACCAAUUGUAAAGAAUAAUGAUAACACAAAGAUGGAAGAAAAUGAAUUUUAUGCUAUUGAAACUUUCGGUUCAACUGGUAGAGGUCAUGUUGAUCAUGAAGGUGUCUGUUCACACUACAUGAGAGAUUUUGAUAAAAAGAUUCCAUCAGGAGAUUUAAAGACACAAAAAGCUCGUGACUUACUCAAGACUAUUGAAACUAACUUUAGUACACUUGCUUUCUGUAGAAGAUAUUUGGAUAGACUCGGAGAAGAUAAAUACAUGGUAGCUCUCAAGAGUUUAGUCAAUGCAGGUGUUGUCAAUGAAUAUCCACCAUUGUGUGACGUUAAGGGAUCUUACACUUCUCAAUAUGAACACACCAUUGUUCUCAGACCAACAUGCAAAGAAGUCAUCAGUAGAGGAACUGAUUAUUAA